AUGGCUGGUGCGUGGUGUAGACGCCCAUCCUCAAUCGUCUUUGGGAUCCUGCUUAUCGGGAGCUUGUUUGCAUAUACCAUUGCUGAAGAGGAGGCUGUCAAGUAUGGAACUGUUAUUGGCAUAGAUCUUGGCACAACUUAUUCGUGUGUUGGGGUGUACAAGAACGGACAUGUUGAAAUCAUAGCAAACGAUCAAGGUAACCGUAUCACCCCCUCAUGGGUCGGCUUCACUGACAGUGAGAGGUUGAUUGGUGAGGCUGCAAAGAAUCAGGCAGCCGGUAAUCCCGAGAGGACUGUGUUUGAUGUCAAGAGACUUAUUGGAAGAAAGUUCGAAGAUAAAGAGGUCCAGAGGGACAUGAAGCUCGUUCCAUACAAGAUUGUUAACAAAGAUGGAAAGCCUUACAUACAAGUUAAAAUCAAGGAUGGUGAGACCAAGGUUUUCAGUCCUGAAGAGAUUAGCGCCAUGAUUUUGACUAAGAUGAAGGAAACAGCUGAGGCUUAUCUUGGAAAGAAAAUUAAGGAUGCCGUUGUCACUGUUCCUGCUUACUUCAAUGAUGCUCAGAGACAGGCCACGAAAGAUGCCGGGGUCAUUGCUGGGCUGAAUGUUGUGAGAAUUAUUAAUGAGCCAACUGCAGCAGCGAUUGCCUACGGUUUGGACAAGAAGGGUAGUGAAAAGAAUGUUCUUGUCUUUGACCUUGGUGGUGGGACAUUUGAUGUCAGUAUCUUGACCAUUGACAGUGGUGUCUUUGAGGUUCUUUCUACGAAUGGGGACACUCAUUUGGGAGGUGAGGAUUUUGAUCAGAGGAUCAUGGAAUACUUUAUCAAGCUCAUCAAGAAGAAGCACGGGAAGGACAUCAGCAAGGAUAACAGGGCACUCGGCAAGUUGAGAAGAGAAGCCGAACGUGCCAAGAGAGCUUUGAGCAGUCAGCACCAAGUCCGUGUGGAGAUUGAGUCCCUCUUUGAUGGCAUAGAUUUCUCUGAGCCCCUUACCAGGGCCCGUUUUGAGGAAUUGAACAACGACUUGUUCAGAAAGACCAUGGGCCCCGUCAAGAAGGCCAUGGAGGAUGCCAACCUGGAAAAACGGCAGAUUGAUGAAAUUGUCCUUGUUGGUGGGAGCACCAGGAUUCCAAAGAUUCAACAGCUUCUCAAGGAAUAUUUUGAUGGGAAGGAGCCCAGCAAAGGCGUUAACCCUGAUGAGGCUGUUGCUUUUGGUGCUGCUGUCCAAGGAGGAAUCUUGAGUGGAGAGGGUGGUGAUGAGGUCAAAGACGUUCUUCUAUUGGAUAUUGCCCCUUUGACCCUUGGCAUUGAAACUGUUGGGGGAGUGAUGACCAAAUUGAUCCCGAGAAACACUGUUAUCCCGACCAAGAAGUCCCAAGUUUUCACUACCUAUCAGGAUCAGCAAACUACUGUUUCUAUUCAGGUUUUCGAGGGUGAGAGGAGUCUUACAAAGGACUGUAGGCUGCUCGGUAAAUUCGAUCUUACCGGAAUUCCCCCUGCCCCAAGGGGGACCCCACAAAUCGAGGUGACCUUUGAGGUGGAUGCCAACGGCAUCCUCAACGUCAAGGCCGAAGACAAAGCCUCCGGCAAGUCGGAGAAAAUCACCAUCAACAACGAUAAGGGCCGCCUGAGCCAAGAAGAGAUUGACCGCAUGGUCCGUGAGGCUGAGGAAUUUGCCGAGGAGGACAAAAAGGUCAAGGAGAGGAUCGAUGCUCGGAACAGCCUCGAGACGUACGUUUACAACAUGAAGAACCAAGUGAACGACAAGGACAAGCUGGCGGACAAAUUGGAGUCGGACGAGAAGGAGAAGAUCGAGGCUGCUACAAAGGAGGCGCUCGAGUGGCUGGACGAUAACCAGAAUGCCGAGAAGGAGGAUUACGAGGAGAAGCUCAAGGAGGUCGAGGCCGUGUGCAACCCCAUCAUAACCGCGGUUUACCAGAGGAGUGGUGGUGCGCCAGGUGGCGAUACGGGGAUGGAUGAUGGAGAUGAUGACCAUGAUGAGCUGUAG